GCGGCAUCCCCCUCCCCCCGCCCCCGCGGUUCCUGCCACCCAAAGCUCGACCCCGGUGUGGUGCGCAGGCGUGGUCUGCGCGGGGACUGGCGGGACUGCGCGGAGGCGACUACAGGCAUGGGGGUCUGGGUCCUGUCGCGGCUGCUGAGCGCUCUGCGCCUGGCGCUGGCCAGGGCGGUCCUGAGGCACGUGAAUGGCCAGGAUAAGGUUGUGCCCGGCCUGUACGCCUGUGGGGAGGCCGCCUGUGCCUCGGUACAUGGUGCCAAUCGGCUCGGGGCAAACUCGCUCUUGGACUUGGUUGUCUUUGGUCGGGCAUGUGCCCUGAGCAUCGAAGAGUCAUGCAGGCCUGGAGACAAAGUCCCUCCAAUUAAACCAAACGCUGGGGAAGAAUCUGUCAUGAAUCUUGACAAAUUGAGAUUUGCUGAUGGAAGCAUAAGAACAUCAGAACUGCGACUCAGCAUGCAGAAGCGCCGCUGGGUUAGGGUCUCCACAACCGAGCUGGUCUCAGCAAGUGGCGCCCAUACAUGGGGGCUCGAAUCCAGGUUGAAGGGUCACCAGAGCGACAGAAAACUUGGAACUAAGCUGGAGGACACCGAGUACCCUUACGCAGUCCCCAUGGAGGAGUUAAUCCUUGAAGAUUGGAACCUAAUUCUCAAGCUCUAGCUACAUUUUUCUCUAUACGGAAUAUUAAACACAUUACUGAUAUCCCAUAUAAUUCUGAAGGACAAGCCAUAGUGGAAAGAAUGAAUCUCUCCCUGAAACAGCAGUUGCAGAAGCAAAAGGGGGAAAACAGGUACUACAGGACACCCCAUAAGCAAUUGAAUCGCAUUAUUAACUUUAAAUUUUUUGAGCCUGCCUAAAGGCCGGAUCUUAUCAGCAGCUGAACAGCAUCUACAGAAACCAGCUGCAAAGACAGAAGCAGAACAACUGGUUUGGUGGAGAGACCUGAUAACAGAAAGUUGGGAAAUAGGUAAAAUAAUAACUUGGGGUAGAGGUUAUGCUUAUGUUUCUCCAGGACUGAACCAUCAAGACACCUGAAACCUUAUCAUGAGCGAAUGCUGAGGAAGAGAUUCCGGGAGGAUCCCGAGGACCCCCCCAGUUGCAGCCAUGUCAAGACUGAUGCUGAGGAGGACCCCAACUGUCACGAGCAACACCCGUCAAACACAGCCACCCACCUGAGGUCAGAUCAAGAAGCUGUCACAGAUGGCAGAAGAAAACCUGAGGUAAGUGGGACAGCCAGUCAAAAUGAGUAAUUUAAUGGUAGCUAUGAUAGUGGUGAUCACCAUUGCCAUGAGUAUUCCUUCAACAAGGGCUGACACAGAGAACAAUUAUACUUAUUGGGCAUAUUUAUCAAUCUUGGCUGGCAAGAAUGCCUGGAUGUUAUCACUCUAUGACACAGUUACACAUGCUUUCUGAUCUCAGUAUUUACCAUGAUAAAUCUGCUCCUAUAAUUGAGGCAUACCGCCCUCAAAAACCUAUCUGUAAACAGGAUUGGACCCAGUCAGAGAAAAUGAACGUACAUGUUUGGGAAGAUUGCAUUGCAGAACAGGCAGGGGUGCUGGCAACAAUUCCUAUGGAAUCAUUAUUGAUUGAUCCCCUACGGGGAUGUUUAGCUUGAAUUGCAUCUCUCAGUCUGUGUGCCACGGCCCCACUAUGUUCAAUUGGUCUGAACAAAAUGGUCAGAUGGUAGAAAUGAUAAGAAAUAUGGCAAGAGUUCCUAUUAUCUGGAACCAUGGCGGUGUAGUGGCACCUCAACCUCAAAUGAUAUGGCCCUUUGUAGGAGCUAAACAUAAGGAUUUGUGGAAACUGUUAAUAGCUCUUAAUAAGAUCAAAAUUUGGGAAAGAAUAAAAAAGCAUCGAGAAGGACACUCUACAAACUUGUCUUUGGAUAUUGCAAAAUUGAAAGAACAGAUAUUUGAAGCAUCCCAGCACACCUGACCUUAAUGCCAGGAACUGGAGUGCUUGAAGGAGCUGCAGACAGAUUAGCAGCUGGUAACCCAUUAAAAUGGAUAAAAACACUUGGAAGCUCUGUGAUUUCAAUGAAGAUUGUGCUUUUAAUCUGUGUUGUCUUUGUAUAGUCUGCAGAUGUGGAUCCUGACUCUGCAAGAAGUAGCCCACCAUGACAAAGCUGCCUUUGCUUUUAUCGCUUUGCAAAACAAAGGGGACAUGUUGGGAACAGGCCCCCCAAUGUGGCCAUAAACUGGCUCCAAAACUGGCCAUAAACAAAAUCUCUGCAGCACUGUGACAUGCUCUUGAUGGCCAUGACGCCCAUGCUGGAAGGUUGUCAGUUUACUGGAAUGAGGGCAAGGGACACCUGGCCCACCCAGGGUGGAAAACCGUUUAAGGCGUUCUUAAACCACAAACAAUAGCAUGAGUGAUCUGUGCCUUAAGGACAUGCUCCUGCUGCAGAUAACUAGCCAGAGCCCGUCCCUUUGUUUCCUGUAGGAAUACUUUUAGUAAAUCUUAUGACUGGCUUGCUGUCAAUAAAUAUGUGGGUAAAUCUCUGUUCAAGGCUCUCAGCUCUGAAGGCUGUGAGACCCCUGAUUUCCCACUUCACAUGCUGUAUUUCUGUGUGUGUGUCUUUAAUUCCUCUAGCACCACUGGGUUAGGGUCUCCACAACCGAGCUGGUCUCAGCAGUAAAUAUUGAAAAGGAAUAGAUACAAUUGUCAUUAUUUACAGAUAGAAUUUCCAAACAAUUCCCAGGGAAUAAACUGAAAAACUAACAGAAACAAAACGAGAAUGUAGUAAGGUGUCUGGGUAAGAGAUUUGUAUCUAAAAAUCAGUAGCUUUGCAAUGUGCAAGCAGUAAUCUGCUCAGACAUCAGUAAAUACCUCAUUCAUAUUUUAAACAAAAAAUUAAAAAUGCCUUGAAAUAAUGUAACCAGAAAUAUGAAAAAAAAGGAUAUGAAAACGUGGCUGCUAAUGGACAUGAAAGAAUGUAAUACUAGAUUCUGAGAUGCAAUUUUUUUCAUUUGUUCUUCCUGAAAAAUCAUUAGGUUGAUGUGCAUUACAGUGUUACGAUUAUGUAUGAGUCUAAGGAAAAUCAGAUGAAAUUUCCAAAUUAAACCAUGAAGGUGCAUUGGUAGAGGAAGAGACAAUUAGGGUCAGUGGAACAAAGCACAGUUAGAGGGAGAAGCAAGGAGGAGGAGGGAUCACUGAGGUGGUGCCUGUCUGUCCCACAGAAAGCAAAAGCUGACGCCUAGUUCCCAGCAUACCUAAGUAAACUUCAGGUCCACUGCAUAGCACGUGUCUCAUCACAGUAAAACUAUGAAGGAACUCAGUGUACAAGGAGCUUCUACAAGAUAGGCAGAAGACAGUAGCCAGAUGGGCCUAGGGCCCCAGCCACCCACGCCCCUCCCUCUCCUUGAAGACGUGCGGCUCCAACACCACCAUCACCAGGGCUCUGCUCAGCUCCUCCUAGUGUGUAUCACCACAGGGCUGCUGGCUUGUGUCACGUUCACCACUAGACCCCGCGUCAGGAGUCCCGCCAGGGGUGUGGGGAGGCAGCGCUGUCUGGUUGGCCGUGGAGCUGUAUGGAACAUGGUGCCUCACAGGCAGUCUGCUUGGCAUCCUGGACCCUGGCUGUAUCCCGCUGGAAAGGAUGUGUGUGGGUCUAAGAUGUGUAUGUAAUAGAAACAUUUAUUCAGAAGCUUUAGUCAAAACUUCAUUUUUAAGUUCAGAGUAAUAAACUCAUAGUCUGAAUUUCCUAAUUUUUCUGUUUAAUUUACUUAACUUUUAAAUGAAAUGCAAAACAACAGGUCUAAAAAUUAAGCAGUUCUUGGUAUGGCUGCUUCUAUGGAUUAAAAGUUUACAAAUAAUAUUUUGUAAUAUCAAAAUAUUAAAUGCAAAAUCAUGCUGCCGUGUUCCGUGUGGGAAGCGUGUUGCAAGAAGGUUGUGGGAAAAUCAGCAAGCUCUACGGAGACCUAAAGCACCUGAAGACGUUCGACCGGGGAAUGGUCUGGAACACGGACCUGGUGGAGACCCUGGAGCUGCAGAACCUGAUGCUGUGUGCGCUGCAGACCAUCUACGGAGCAGAGGCGCGGAAGGAGUCACGGGGCACGCACGCCAGGGAAGGCUACAAGGUGCGGAUUGAUGAGUACGAUUACUCCAAGCCCAUCCAGGGGCAACAGAAGAAGCCCUUUGAGGAGCACUGGAGAAAGCACACCCUGUCAUAUGUGGACGUUGGCACUGGGAAGUGCACAGCCAGAGAACAACACAUCACACACAGGAAACAGUUGUGCUCAUGUGAUGGGGGCCUCAGCACUAGGAAGGAGUGGACUAUUGGCACAUGCAGCAGCUUGAAUAAAUCUGAAAGUCACUACGCUGCGUAAGAGAAGCCAAAUUUAAAAAGUGCAUGCUGUGUACAGAGGGUGUCAAGAAUGCCUCCUACGUGACGGAAAGUAGAUCCGUGGUUGCCUGCAGACUGGCAGGAGCAGAUUCCAAAGGCACAGGAAGAAGCUUGUGGGUAGAAUGUGUUCAUUACCUUCUGUGCAUUACACCAUAAAAAAGCUGGUCACAAAAAUGCAAACCAAAAACAAAGGUGAAACUAGGAUAAGAUUUCUCACCUGUGUGAUUGGUAAACGUGCAGAUGUGCCGUCAUGCUUUGUUUAUGAAGCUGUGGGAUACAAGGACUCUCAUACGUCACUGUGGAAUGCAGAAUAUUGCAGCCUCAUGGAAGAGGAUUUGGCAGCAUCUAACAAAACUACAUGGCAUUUGCCCUUUGACUCAGCAAUUCUAGAAUCUGCCUCAAAAAAACUCCGGCAAAGAAAUGAAAGGACUUUAGGCACAGAGUUCUUUUCACAGCCUGAAUGUGUUUGCAACAAAGUUCUUCACUGUGGCGUUUGUAAAUGUGGGGAAAAGAGAGAUCGGGCUGGUACUGUGUGUGUGUAGAAAAGGAGGGCGUAAGAAACUCCAUUUUGAUCUGUACCCCGAGCGAUUGUUUUGCCCUGAGAUGCUGUUAAUCUGUAACUUUAGCCCCAACCUUGAGCUCACAGAAACCUGUGUUGUAUGGAAUCAAGGUUUCAGGGAUCUAGGGCUGUGCAGGUCAUGCCUUGUUAAGAAAAUGCUUACAGGCAGUACGCUUGGUGAAAGUUAUCGCCAUUCUCCAUUCUCGAUAAACCAGGGGCACAAUGCACUGCGGAAAGCCGCAGGGGCCUCUGCCCAGGAAAGCCGGGUACCGUCCAAGGUUUCUCCCCACUGAGAUGUGGCCUCGUGGGAUGGGAAAGACCUGACCAUCCACCAGCCCGACACCCGUGAAGGGUCUGUGCUGAGUAGGAUUAGUAAAAGAGGAAGGCCUCUGUCUCCUGCCUUCCCCUGGGAACGGAAUGUCUCAGUAUAAAACUGAUCGUACAUUUGUUCAAUUCUGAGAUAGGAGAAAAACCGCCCUGUGGUGGGAGGCGAGACCUGUUGGCCGCAAUGCUGCUGUUACUCUACUCCACUGAGAUGUUUGGGUGGAGAGAAGCAUAAAUCUGGCCUACGUGCACAUCCAGACAUAGGACCUUCCCUUGAACUUAUUUGUGACACAGAUUCCUUUGCUCACGUUUUCUUGCUGACCUUCUCCCCACUGUCACCCUGUUCUCCUGCCACAUUCCUCUUGCUGAGAUAGUGAAAAUAGUAAUCAAUAAAUACUGAGGGAACUCAGAGGCCGGUGCCGGUGCGGGUCCUCUGUAUGCUGAGCGCCGGUCACCUGGGCCCACUUUUCUUUCUCUA